AUGUCGUAUUCGAGUGGCCGCCAGGCCGCCUCUCCGAGUCGCUACGAACUCUAUACCUCCCAACAGACCCAACCACCCCCGCUUCAACGAAUGCCCAGUUACGACGCCGGAGACGACGCUGGCUUCUUCAACUCGCCCCGUCUACAAUCCUCGCGGACAAUGGAUUGGGAGACAAGAUAUGGCGGAGGUGUUAAUGGUGAAACACAGGGUGCCGAUGACUGGGAGGACCGGUAUGGAGCAGGGACCUCCCCUCGAACCUCUCACGGCCGGAAUCUAUCGCAGGGCUCGUCUCGAUAUCAGUAUGCGCCAUCCAUCUCGACCUCGCGCCCUUACAAUCCCCAAGAAUUUGCCCUCCCACCGACCCCGUCGCAGUUCGGAUUCAACAACGUAAACUACUCGAGCUCGGGCACGCUCUACACAGGCAGCAAUGCUGGUGGUCACCAGCCGUACAAUCCAGCAGCAUACCAGCCAGGCAGUCUCGCUGGGUAUGGGGGUUCGCAGAAUGUCCAACGCCAGCCUAGUACUAUCGCAUCACCCUACGCACAGACUCCCUCGACUCCGCUAUCCUUCGGGUUCCCUUCUCAGCAAAUACCGCCCCCGCCGCCUCCCCGCGGGCCAGACCAUCCCUAUGGAAGCCGUCCGUCAUAUUCGGCUGGUUCAGCUGAUGGUUUAUAUGGGUCGGGUACUGCAGCGCCAUCGCAACUGGCCUACAGCACAACCUCCGCGUCUCCGGUCUCCAGUAGCACUGCUUAUGCCUCGAGAGAUUCUAUUACUGCGACUAGUCUAGGCUCAAUAUCAUCGCGUUCAUACUCCCGUGGAUCGCAAGGAGCCGGCUACGUACCACAAUCCCCUCGUCGCACCGCACCGACCACCUACAACGAACUACCUCCAGAGCCUCCAGCGCAUUCCACCCCAACCGAUGAUAUAUUUGCAAAACGGCCCAGCUUCUCUCGUCCCGCUUCCGGGCGGUCCCUGCCAACACCGCCAGGACAGCAAUCGCCCCGUCGGACAGAUACCUUGACACGGCAUCCACAGUCCCGUCCUUUGCCCGGUCCCCCAGUGGAGACGGAUCUCGAUGCAGCGCCGGCCCCUCUGGCUGGUACAAGUGGAAUAGGUGGUUUUCAUGCUGGACCAGAAGAGGAGAUGAACUAUGAUGACUUGAUGAAGGAGGUUGAGGCUGCUGUGAUGGACGGGCGGAUUGGCUUGGCGGGACGACAUAAUGCAGGAGAGUCGCGUCCUGGACAUCCACAGCCGAUUGAGGAAGAGGUUGAUGAGACGCUUAUCGCAUCGCCCCAGCAUGCUUCUGAUGACAGGCACGCCAAUGGCAACAUGGCCACGGGAACGGGACAAUACGUGAACUACGAUGCAUACAGUGACGAGAGUGAUGCGGAAGCCGCGGCCGGAUUGGCAAUGUUACAAAUGGCGGAGGAGGAAGAACGAGCGGAGGAGAGUCGCCUACGUGACCGGACACGACGGGAGACGAAUGAUUCGAUAUUCAGUGCGUAUGCAGCUCAUUACUCAGACCGAGCGCCUUCGCCGCAUGACGAUCAUUAUGCGCGCUAUGACGAUGGUAACACGCCCCAAAUGCACUAUGGACAUGACGAGUAUUACGAUGUACCUGAAUAUGUCGAUGAAGCAGACUAUCACGACAGGGUUGCGGCAGGGGUUUCGGGAUCAUAUCGAGAGUCCGAGAUUUCCGCUGAUGAGCAUGGUGAUUACUCUGACGAUUAUGAAUAUCAGUCCAUGCCCAUUGAACCUCGCUACUCGAUCAACCAUGCUCGUGUGGACGCUGGCGGGACUGGCGGCCUUGCAGAGCCUGGUGAUUUUACUCGCCGCAUGAGCUUUGACUAUGGCGAUGAAGGUGAUGUCGCUUUGUCUCAAGGUGCUGAUGUCUAUCGCUCAGGUAGCGAGAGUUCGGAUAGAGGAGACCAUAGGGAAUUCUUCUUCCAUCCUGGAAUGCGGCCACUGCCGCCUGCGCCUGUUGAGCCAAUGGACAACGCCACUGUGGCUCCGCAUCUGAUGCCGGCAGGAACAUACCGUCACCAAGAGCCAAUUGACCCGCCCAGCCGUACGCAGUUAACGCAGGUUUACACCCCAGACUCGUACGAACCGGCGAUGCCCAGCCCGACGCAGGUCCCGCGCUCGACUUCCCUAUCAACCCACCCCAUCGGGCCCCGCACCGAUCCUCCCAUCCGAUCCAAGACCGACGCAGAUCGCAUCAAAUAUAAGCAGCAGCAGGAACUGGUCCGCCAGUCACAGAUUGGCGGUCUCCGCGCCGACGCCUUCUCCCAAGACGCUGACCCCGCGCUACUCGAUCUCCCUACGAUCCCCGCAGCCCGACGCAAGAAGUUCAACCCGGCCAAGUUGUCGUCUGACCAUUUCAAGCGAUGCGCAGAGCCUUGGGCACUUAGUGCAGUUGUUGCGUGGAUUCGGGAGAUGAGCGAGGGUGAGAUGGAUCUGAAGGAACAUGCCAUCGUGGAUGCGUUUGUGGCGCUUUUCACACACAAGGUUCCGACAAUGAACAUUGCUGAUGCGGAGACACUGGCGGCUCGUGUGAUCAAGAACAUGUUAGCGGAGGAGGCGUUGAUUAAGGACGAGGAGUGGGUGAAAUUCGGCAAUGGGACGCUCUCCGGUGUAUUGUUCCAGAUCACAGGAACAGGAUGCUACUCGUCGCGAUUGCACGAGCAGGAGUCCGAAGUGUUUGGCCGUUGUUACUCGCACCACUGCAUGCGGACGCUGAAGAAGGUCAACCUGAAGGCUCAGAUGAUGGAGCCUCAAAAGAAGGUCGAGGACUGGGUGACGUUUUACAAAGUUCCCAAAGAAGUCUGGGAGUCAUAUCCGAAGAAGGAGGUCGACCGCCAGAAUAACCUUCACGAGAUUGUCACCACGGAAGAUGCGUAUAUCGGACAAUUAGAUAUUCUGCGGGAACUGUACCGCGACCAAUUAGCAGCCAUGCAACCAUCCAUCAUUACGCCGAAGCGACUGAAUAAGUUCCUAACCGAUGUUUUUGGACGAGUCGAUAGCGUGAAACGCGCCAACGAGGACUUCCUUCUUGCGCAACUAAAAUACCGGCAGAAAGAACAGGGCCCGUUCAUCGUUGGUUUCAGCGAUAUCUUCCGCGAAUGGAUCCGCAAGGCCAAGGCAACGUACAUCGAGUAUGCGGGGACUUUCCCGUACGCCAAUUUCCUGGUCCGCAGGGAGUCAGAACGGAAUGUGCAUUUCAGACAGUUCCUGAACCAGGCGCGUGAUCAUAAAUCGUCGCAUCGGUUGUCGUGGGAUACGUACCUCAAAGCUCCGAUCACGAGGAUUCAGCGGUAUACGCUGUUGCUCUCGACGAUAUAUAAGAAUACAGUUAAGGAUUCGGAGGAGAAGUCGAAUCUUGCGCAGGCUAUGGAGGAGAUUAAGCAAGUUGCACUGGAGUGUGAUAACAAGGUCGGGGAAAUGAGCAAGAAGGUUGAUCUUGUUGAGCUGUCCACCAAGCUACAACUCAGACCAGAGAUGAAGAAAGAGGUAGAAUUGAACCUCGAACACCUAGGUCGCGAAAUUAUCUUCCGGGGUGACCUGCAGCGACCAGGAACGAGAACCCGAUUCCUCGUCGAUACGCAUGCCAUUCUGUUCGACCAUUAUUUUGUCUUGGCGAAGAGCGUCACGGCCCGUGAUUCAUCUAGGACAGCCAAGUUCGAGUAUUUCGAUAUCUCUAAGCUGCCUAUUCCAAUGGACCUGCUUGUUCUCGAAAGUACCAAUGACGAUCCAGUCGUGAAGUCGUCUGUUCGUGGCGUUUCGACAGUCACUCCUCCACAUGCUGCGCGCUCGGGUGCAAUGGGACCGAAUCCUUUAGCACAUACCAACAGCACGAAUUCCCUCGUCCCGAGUACAGUCCUUGAAAGUCCAAAGGACGACAAGAUUCUCUACCCUUUUAAGAUAAAGCACCUUGGUAAGAACGGGGCGUACACGCUGUACGCCUUUUCCGCGCAAAGCCGCGCAGAAUGGUGCGAGAUGAUCACCGAAGCGAAAACGAAACAUGCUGCUGCGCUGUAUGCCCAGAAUGCAGAGCCGUUCCGGCUGCGCGUGUUGGCGGAUACUGCAUUCGCGAACUCUGACCAUCACGGGGGAUCGAAGAGUGUGACUAUCGAGGGCACACCGCUGGACCGCGCGAUCAAAUCCGUGGAGGAGAAAUAUGCUGGUCCUGGACCUAGGCCGCUGCCGAUUUGCAAAACCAAUGUCAACUGUGCUACUGUCUUCCAGCAACCGCCCGGACGGAUGAUGUGUGCUAUUGGAACGGACAAUGGGGUUUACGUAUCGGAGUAUAAUGAUCCCCGUGGUUGGGUUAGGGCCAUCCCCAUCGGGCGAGUCACUCAAAUCGCCGUAUUCGAAGAAUUCAACGCCUUCCUCGUUAUCUCCGACCGCUCCCUAGUAGCCUACCACCUCGAUGUCGUCUGCCCCUCAUCCGGCAUCUCCCAACCUUCCAGCGAAUCCGCCCGCCGCGCCCCCCAGAAACUCUCUGGCCGCGAAGUCGGCUUCUUUGCCGCGGGCCGCAUGAAAGACCGCCUGCUAAUCAUGUACAAGAAACGCGACGGUCUCUCCUCCACCUUCAAAGUCCUCGAGCCCGUCCUCCAGAAAUCAUCCUCCUCUAAACACCGCUUCUUCACGCACAUCCACACCCGCCGCUCACAGACGGAGUUCUUCCGCGAAUACGACGAGUUCUAUAUCCCCACCGAGUCUUACGCUAUCAACAUGUUCCACUCCUCCCUCGCCAUCUCGACACAGCGCGGUAUCGAAAUCUUAACCAUUGACAAGAAGCAAACCUGGUCCGUGCCAGACUUCCACUCCGAACAACCAGAUACACAGGCCUAUCUCUCCUCCAUCGCACAACGCAUCAGUAACCUCCGCCCACUCGGCAUGUUCCGUCUCUCGGACUCCGAGUUCCUAGUCGCAUACAACGAAUGCGCGGUCUACGUCAACAAACACGGCGACGUGAGUAGAAGCGUCGUUAUGGAAUUUGUCGGUCGCGCACAUACAGCAUGCCUCUACGGUAAAUUUCUAAUUCUCUUCAACGAGGAUUUUGUUGAAGUUCGUAACGCAAUGAACGGCCGUCUCCGGCAAGUGAUCCCAGGCCACAACGUCGUCUGCCUUGACGACGGUAGUUCAUUGCCAGGGUCCGGACAGGGAAUGGGGAUGGGAAUUCCGGCUGCAGGACUGGGUAGUGGGUUGAUGAUUGGUGCAUCGGGAGCAAUGAUGGGUCAUACGGUUAAGAUAUGCAUGCAGCAUCCUGAGUAUGAGAGGGGGCAGCUUGUGUUAGAGUUGGUGGAGAAUGAAGGACAGAAGGAUUAA